AUGUCGCCUGGUAAAAAUUCUCACAGGCCGGUAAACGCCUACAGAGUUCCUGCCAUGUUCAAAAACCUCUCGUACAAGCUUACUUCCGCCUGGUCAUCGUCGGAGACGCCCACGUUGAAGAAUAAUGGCGAAUUCGCCAAAGCGCAAAAGACGGAGGAGCUAUUUCCGACCACCGACCCCGCCAUCGAUGGUGAUGACUGCCUGCACGAUUGCGCGACUUGCACCAUCAAGUACCCGCGCAAAUUCGACAUCGACGAGACAGAAGAGCUCUAUGGACACGUGAAGGGAUGGAGUACGCAUCUCCUAGUCGCGACGGGCAAGGCCGACUGGGUGCGAGAUGUCGCGGAUGAGAAGGGCAGCAUCAUGGAGGCCGUGGACAGAGGAAGUGUCCAGCCCAGCAAUGGGAAACUCAUGCUCUCCGCCUCCGACAUCCCCAUUCCAGACCACUCCGACCACAGCACCACAGUACUAUUACUCCCGGCCUGGCAGUUCAUAGACGACGUCACGCCCGCAAACACACCAGAGCUUAUCACCGAGUUUGUAAACCGCGGUCCGACCAACAAUACGCCGCUCCAUGCUCCCACAGCCGCGCUACCUACAUCGAUACCAGCGGACGAGUCUUCUUCCUCUGACCCAGCCUCUGCAGCCUCGCCCGCUACAAUCCCACCCUCGAUAUCCACGGCAUCGAGUCUCAAGGCGCGGCCAUGUCCCCACAAAUACUUGAUCAUGAUGUGCAGUCAGAAAACGCGGGACGCUCGUUGUGGUCAGUCAGCACCUCUCCUCAAGAGGGAGUUUGAGCGGUUACUGCGGCCAUUGGGCUUAUACCGAGACCUGCACGAUGAGCGGCCCGGCGGUGUAGGAAUUUACUUCAUAAGUCAUGUUGGUGGGCACAAGUUCUCGGCCAAUGUUAUAAUCUACCGGCAUUCGUCAGUGGUAGAGCACCCCAAGGAAGCCAAUGGUCACGUCAAUGGUGUCCAGGAGGCACUAGAAGAGCUCAAGCUCGAGCACGAGGAUGGACAAGAGGUGGUCCUCGAUGUUAAUGAGGAGCAGAAGGCGGAGGUUGACGGCGAGGCCGCGCAGUGUAUAUGGCUUGGUCGAGUGCGGCCAGAGGACUGCGAGAAUAUCAUCAGGUACACACUACUGCAGGGGAAGGUGGUCAAACCUGCAAGGCAGUUAAGAGCCGGGUUUGAUCGAAGUAAACAGUUGGCGAGUUGGUAA